AUGACAAUAAUUCAUUUAUUUCUCCUUCUUGUGGCUUUAUCAUUAUCAACAGCUACAAAUUUUGAACAAUUUGGUCUUAAACUUUAUUCAACUGUUAAUCAAAAUAAGAAGAAUGAAAAUAUAUUUCUUUCACCAGCAAGUAUUUCUCUUGCAAUGUCAAUGUGUGCAGUUGGUGCUCAACAAGAAACAUUAAAUCAAAUGUUAAAAGCAUUUGAAGUGUCAUCGGAAAACGAAUUAAUAAAGACAGCUGAACAAAUUAUGGAUAUCUUUUCUAUUGCUAAUCAAGAUAAACAAGUUCAACUUAAAUUAGCUAAUCGUCUUUAUGCACAAAAAGCAUAUCAACUUCAAGAAGAAUAUUUAAAAAUUGUUCAAAAUUCCUUUAAAGCAGACAUUAAACUUGAAGAUUUUGAAAAUGAAAGUACUCAAGCUGUUCAAAGAAUUAAUACAUGGGUUGAACAACAAACAAAUAAUUUAAUUCGAAAUUUGCUUUCAACAAGAGAUGUAACACCUGAUACAAGAUUAAUAGUUAUUAAUAGUAUUUAUUUUAAAGGUACAUGGAUAAAAGAAUUUAACAAAAAUUUCACAAAACAAAAUGCUAAUUUUUAUGAAACGAAUGGUAAAAUUUCUACAGUAGCAUUAAUGUAUCAAAAAGGAACAUUUGCUUAUGCUGAGAAUAACGAUUUACAUGUACAAAUUGUUCAUGUACCAUAUAAAAGUGAAAAUAAAGAUGUUGAAUUUGUUUUUACGGUUAUUUUACCUAAUCGAGGAGUUCAAUUAGAUGUUGUAGAAAAAAAGUUAGCAUCACAACCUGACUUAAUGCAAAAAUUAUUUAGUCGUGAAAAUACAAGAACAGAAGAACUUAUUUUAUAUUUACCGAAAUUUAAAAUGGAAACUACAUUUGAAUUAAGUGAUGUUCUUCAACAACUUGGAAUGAAAGAUGCAUUUAAUGAUCAUAAAGCAAAUUUUACGGGUAUUGUUAGUGCAAAAAAUAAUCAAAACCGUUUAUACAUUAGCAAGAUUAUUCACAAAGCGCUUAUUGAUGUAAACGAACAAGGAUCAGAAGCAGCAGCAGCUACAGCCGUUAUUAUCAUGUCUUUUACUACAUCAUUCCAUCAGCAACCACAUCCCAUUGAAUUUAAAGCUGAUCGUCCAUUUUUAUUCUUCAUUCGUGAAAGUCGACAAAAUACUGUCUUAUUUUGUGGCAGAUUUAUUUCACCACCAACAAACUCAUAA